UACUGCUGGCUGCGCCCUCAGUUGCAGACGAGUUGCAGCUCGUGAGCCGUCGUCCGUCGAGGGCUAUAAGAUGGCGACUACGACGUCGUCGUACACUCGCACGGGCGUGCUUGAAGUGUACGCCAAACAGCAAUGGCACAAAGUGCUGGCGACGCUCGAAGAGGACCAUCUCAGUUUGUGCCUGGACGAGAGCUACGAAGUACCGCCAAUCACUAAUAACGGCACGCUUUCGGAUAGCGAACCAAGCGACAUCCCGGAAAGCAUCGCCAACACCAAGCGGGUCGUCCGAGUAGUUAAGCAAGACAACAACGGUCUCGGCAUCAGCAUAAAGGGUGGCAAAGAGAACAAGAUGCCCAUCCUUAUAAGCAAGAUCUUCAAAGGCAUGGCAGCAGACACGACGGAACAGCUUUACGUGGGAGACGCCAUCCUGUCGGUCAACGGGGAAGAUCUGAGGGACGCAACACACGACGAAGCGGUCAGGGCCCUCAAGCGUGCCGGCAAGGUUGUUGACUUGGAAGUGAAGUACCUGCGGGAGGUGACGCCCUACUUCCGCAAGGCGUCCGUGCUGGCGGAGAUGGGCUGGGACUUUGCACCAGGCGGCCUGCUGUCCCGGGGAACCGCGGCGUCGCACCCACAGGGUCGGCCCGACUGCCGGCGCGUGCCGCUGCUGCUGUGUCAGCUGGCGCGCUCGCUCACCGUGCCAGAGCCGCGUGUGCUUGAACUGCACUCGCCCGACAGGCGCAGCGUGUGCCUGCUUCGAUGCGCCGACGCGGCCCAAUGCGCCGCCUGGUUCAAUGCGCUGCACGCGGCCCUGGCGCGCGUCAUGGCGCAGGCCGUGGUCGAGGCCGGACACCUGCUGCGCGAUGUGCUCGACCAGGCGCAGCUCCAGCACAUGGGAUGGCUCUCCGAGAAGACACGGGAAGAUUCAGUGACAGCCCAGUGGCGUGCGGUGUUCGUUGCAAUCACGGACAGGGACCUCCUGUUUUACGACCUGGUUCCCUGGACCAAGGAGGCCUGGGCUGUGCCUGUGCACAGUGUGCCUUUGCUCCACACUAGGCUUGUGACAACAAGUUCUGGCAGGACCUCCGUGGGACCAUCAGCUGGAGGUGAGGCGACCACACUGACACUUCGACUUGGCACGCGCCAGGGAGUCCAGUCACGGCUCAUGCGUGUUGAAACCCACCGAGACCUGGCAGUGUGGGCACGCCACCUGGUGCAUGGUGCCCAUCUAGCUGUGGCUGCCGCCAAGGAAGUGCGCUUUGCCUGUCUUUUCCAAGGCCAGGAAUGCACUCUUACGUUACACUAUGAAGAUGGCUUUCUUCUGCAAGAAAACCGCAGGCAACUGACCCUCUGGCAGUUUCCUUUCGAAAGACUACGAAAUUCUGGUGAUGAUGGCAUGCGUCUCGCUUGGCUUGACUUUGGUGGAGAAGAUGGAGAGAAGGAGCUGGACUUGAUGCAGUGCCCUAAACCAUUUGUGUUCACACUGCACACAUUCCUGUCUGCCAAAGUAACCCGGAUGGGCCUUGUGGCAUGACAACUACAGGACCACCACGUCGCAGCAGCUGCUUCACUGGUGCAGCAGCAAUGGCCCAUCCUGGGAUGCUGAGCCACACCUAGGAAGACAGCAGCUGUGCGCCUGUUGCCAGGACUGUGUAAAGAGACAAGCCAGAGCAGUGAGUGGGUUUAAAAUGGGGCCAGAACAUUACUCCUGCUCGUGAAUGCAUGGAGUGUAACGACUAUGGCUUCAUGCAGGUGAGGCAGGCUAUGUAGCCCAACCACUGCUCUAGCUGCCAUUCGUGUCGAUGCAACCUUUCACGGCCGGCAGAUGCCCUGGCAGCAGAUGUGCCUGCACUAACAGCCGCAGGUGAAUUUUGUCACUGCAUCGUGGUGGUCUCACAGGCUUGUUGCCUGGGAACACACUGAAAAAAUACAACUGGAGCCUCAGGGGGCCAGCAUUUACACAGCAUCUAAAGUUUCUACCAAGCUGCCCUUAAGGGACACUGAAGAAAGGAGCUGCUGCCCGUUUAACAUGCACUCCAUCAGUUGUGACCCGGUGAUCGACGGGGUGCAACUUUUCAUCAGCAGCAUUCCUUCAAGGGACAAGAAAGGACAUCUGUCAUAUUGUAAUGCCUUGCAUCAGCGUGUAGGAAAUUAAUGCUAUGAAAAAUGUCUAUGUACCUAAGUUGCAAGCUUUUUGUUAGAUUCUCUGUGCUUAUUGGCAUGCAGCUGCAAAAAAAGAAAAAGCAAAAAACCUUGUCUUGUUGAAAGCGAGCCAAACAUUUAUGCUGCGUCACCUGAUAUGUCUCAACAGGUGGACUUGCACCAUACUGUUGCUGCAUUCCAAGUGCAGGUCUUCCAGUUGAUGCAUUUGUGGCAUGAGUGGCAAUGCCUUACCUUUAGUUCUUUAGCUGUAUCAUUGCAAGUCUUAUUCUGCACAUGGUUGUUACGUUUUGUUGAUUUAUAUAUUCAUGUCUUGCAUUUCUGUUGCUAGUUUAAAUGCAACACUGUUUCAUAAGUGCUUUGGAAAUGGCCUUGUUUCCUUUGUUACUUUUUAGGCACCUACAGCUGCAUUUGUUGAUGAUUUCUUUCUUAAGAGUAUGGAAACAAAAUUUGAACAGCUGAAGAUGGUAUUAUCAUGAACUUUUCACAUGAAGCAAUUUUACAAUCUGUUCUUACCUUAUUCUAGGACAAAAAACAAUGUGUGCUCUGUCACUUUAAGUUUGCUGGCAUCACAUGAAUUAUAUUGGGUAGUGAGGGAGGAUGAGGGGGAGUCUGCUUAGUAGCAAAGGCUCUGAAGUACAAGCUAUAUACGCUGCUAGUGAGAAGGUGUAACUUCUAUGCCCGACUAUUUAAAGCUACUUCAGGCCAGAGUGGUUAAGGAACAGGUAGGUGUAAUUUAACUUUUUUUUGCUGUGUGCAAGUGUAGAAGAUUAUUACAUUGUAGUCCCACAGCACGUUUAUACUUCUGUCGCAUGUUUUCUUUGUUUUGUGCAGUUACAGGUACAAUAAUGAUGCACUAGGCCAGAAAACAUUCAAAAUGUUUUUGUUGGUUUCAUAUACUUUAUUGGGAUUGAAUUAUAACCAUUGUUCUCAGUGCAAAGCAUGGCCCUUCAGUUCUGAGUUGCAAACUUUUAUGGACUUGAUACUUUUUAAUUAGCUUCCUUUCACUUUAUUUUGUUGUUAACUUUUCAUGUUUAGUUGCUAUUGCUUUACCUUAAGCUUUUUAUGAUUCAUGUGCUGUUGUGAUAGGCAUGAAUUGCAACAUUGAAGCAGUGGCCAGAGAGUACUCCACGGAACAUCGGUGGUGCCAGAAAACAGUGUAGCUGAGCGAAAUGUGGAGGUGUUACCAUUUCAAAGGUGUGCAUACCCCCUUGAGUGCCUUUAUUCUGUCUUCUUUCUUCAGAGGCACUGCAGCCAACAAUUUACAGGCUUGUCAAGAUACUGAAAUGUUAAAUGAGAGUGGUGGCUUGCUGUGACAAAGAAGCCACUUUGCUCAUGUGAAGUUGUACUCUGCAAAGAAGGGGCAUCUUAGUUUUUCUAUGAAGUAAGAAGCAGCAGAAAACAUUUAUAAUGUAAGGGCCAUCCAAACUUUGUUUUCAAUUUGCAUCUUGGCAUCAGCUUACCCCAGAGCUUGUUUCGGCUAUGGCUCAUGUGUUGCAACUUGUACUGAUUGUGAUGGCUCUUCUCUCUCUCUUUUUUCUGUUCUAUUUUAAUUUUUGUGCUCAAAGCAUUUACAGCUUUCCACAGCUAACUUUUACAUCACCUGAUCAAUACAGUCAAACCUCGAUAUAAUAAUAUUAGCACAGAUAUGAUUAAUUGUCCGAUAUGACGAAGCAAAUCUAAAGGUUGGUUGCUCACGCUCAGUGGGGUAUUCUUCUGCUAUAAUGAAGCUAAAAAUGUGGGAUCCAACAUGGUAUCAGUCGUAGCGAAGGAAAUUUUUAUUUGCGAAAGGCUUGAAAUGUGUAUUCUGGUAGCCAAAAUUUCAAAUUCAGUCACCAACUCAUUUUUCAGGCACCCAACUUUUCUGACCUGUGCAUUUACAUGAACAGUUCCCUGCGGCACCGCCACCUACCCCUAGGAACAUUUUAUAAUGCAAACUGAAAUUUUGGACGCCGUGGAGUGUGCUGCUCAAUUUUCCAAUCAGGGUCUUCACGCGUAAUGCUGCAAGCGUGGUACCCAUGAGCAAAGUUGCUGCCACAUAGACUGAACUCCAAAGACCAAACCGUAACUGUAGUUGCCAACUCCCAAUGAGGCGGUGGUAAUUAGGCCUAGUGGCCUAGGCAGUAUGGCUGUGACAAAAUUUUAUGGGUGGUUGGCGGAAUGGCUGACAAGCCACCAUCGGAAGUUCGCCGUCAUCAAGCGUGAGAUCACACGUAAAGGCUAAUCUGCCAGCAGUGAAGCUAAGGCCUGUGUGCGGCCCUCUUUAUGUCUGAAAAAUUGGUUGGUCAAUUACUCAGCAAGUGCAGCUUAAAAUGGCACAUUUGGGACAUGCAUGCAUGUUUCGGCUAGCGACUUGGCUUGGUUGAACCACAACCAGCAAGCCAACAAUAUCAUGUGAUCACAUACCGAUUGCACGAUUGUGUAUUAGCAACCACGCAAAGUGCAUUUAUGUAAUCUAUUAUUGUUUUCGUACCGCUAGCUACUGGUGCAGCAUCAAAAUCUGAAGGAGACUUUCUCUCGAGAGAGGUAUCAUGCUUGUUGGUCAUAUAAACCUGAUUGUGAUUCUUUCACCGAUAUCGGCACGUAUGCUUAUAACAAAUAUUCCAUAUAAUGAAGGUAAUUUCGUGUCAGAUGCAACUUUAUUAAAACUAGGUGCGACUGUAUUCUCUUUCUGUUGUGUAGACAACUGAGCUCAGCUGUGCACCUUUAAUUCAAUUAGCUGCUUGUUUAGAACUUUAGGGCAGCUGUUAUACAUACUGUAGUUUUCUCUUUUUUUUUUCUUUUUUUUUUUCAGGACGUUUUGUCUAAGUUAAUGUGAGGCCUUUGUCAAGGAUACAUUGCGCAGUGCUAUAGGUUGCUUGUUUGAUGACUACAUGAUUUCGACAUGCCU